AUCCGAUUGGCGUCCAGACACGGGACCAAACAAUAUCUCUCCUCCUAAACGAAAACGAAAACUUUCGAUUUACAAGUUCGAAGAUAGCAAUCCGAGAAAGAGCGAAAUAAAGAGAGAGAGAGAGAGAGAGAGAGAGAGAGAGAGAGAGAGAGAGAGAGAGAAUUGCGCGUAUAUGUAUGGUGCGAAUUAACGUGUCACUUGGCGUCACCUUGCCUUACAUUGCGUCGCGUUGUGUUGCGUCGUGUAGCGUCGCCUCGCCUCGUGUCGGAGUUGGCUGUUACGUUUGGCAUCAAAACCAAUGUCGGCUCUUCAACGUUCAUUUCUUUAACGUUUCGAUUCAAACGGAAGAGAACAAAUUCAGAGACGUAGACCCGACGACAUCCUUCCUGUUAUCUGACGACGCCCUUAUACCGUCGCACGGUUCAUUUUCCUAAACCAACACGCACUACUAGUGAUUGACCUCUCUGGAAGACCGAAAUAAGAGAAAAUCUCGUCGGGGUUUAAGUGAGAAGACAUCGGGAGAAAAUUCUCUUGGUGGAAAUCGUCGAAUUCGCUUAAGCGAUAAAGACGGCGAUCAGAUACCACCGAGUAUUCACCAAUGAGCGUGGCGUGCAGCCUUUACGGCAGAAGACAAAACCGUGGUACACGUACGGGAAAGCGACAGUGCAUCAUCGUAACUGCCUGCAGGACCCCCCAAACAAAGUCCUUCGUCGUAACCUCCGCACCACCGAAACUGACGAGGACGCUUUGCGAUUUGAACAAGUCUCGAUUGACCACGAACGAUCAUGGGACUCGAUUUCUUGGCAGACGGAGGUGCCGACUUCGAGCAUGCAAUCACCGUAACAGGAUUUGGAAAGUUUCACUACAUGUUACUGGCGAUAUGCGGGCUAAUUUACAUGGAUACAGCCAUCGGCGUUACAAUACUCUCUUUCGUUUUACCGGCUGCACAAUGCGACCUGGAAAUGGAUUCCACUGCAAAAGGAUGGCUAACGGCAUCUCCAAUGUUGGGUAUGGUGGUUGGGUCAUAUAUAUGGGGAUGCCUGGCUGAUACCAAAGGUAGAAAAGUAGUAUUGAUAGCUACCUUAUUAAUGGACGGCAUAGUCGGCGUCGUUUCGUCGUUCGUCCAAUAUUAUUGGGUCUUUCUAGUCUUCCGGUUUUUCAAUGGAUUCGCGGUGACUGGUGCGAUGGGAAUUUGUUUCCCAUAUUUAGGUGAAUUUCAACCGACCAAAUAUCGCGAAAGGUGCCUUUGUUGGAUGGAAAUGUUCUGGACGGUCGGUGUAAUAUUAUUACCUCUAAUCGCUUGGUUAAUCGUACCGUUGGAUCUCAGGUACGAAUCAGAGAUGUUUCACUUCAAAUCUUGGAAUCUCUUCGUGGCACUUUGUGCCUUACCUUCAAUUGUCUUGGGACUUUGGCUCUUUGCUUUUCCAGAGAGUCCAAAGUUCUUGCUUGAGUGCGGCGAAGCCGACGCUGCCUUAGAAGUAUUCAAGUGGAUCUAUGCUCAAAAUACUGGUCAAGAUCCUGAGACAUACCCAGUUAAGUGCUUACAAGAAAAGACUAACAAUAAGGACAAGAGCACGAGGUCGUUGAAACUACAUAAGAAAAAAGAUCUGAAAGUUCUUUUUUCGGAGGUUUGGGAAUUAACGAUGUCUCUUUACAAACCUCCUUAUCUUCGUAAUACGUUACUUGCUUGCGCUAUUCAAUUCGGUCUUACUAGCAGUUACUACACUCUUAUGGUUUGGUUCCCUGAGUUAUUUACUAGAUUCGAAGAAUUCGAGAAUGAUAAUCCUGGCAAGACCACGUCCGUUUGUAUAGUAUCAGCGCUUUCAGACAAUGCAACCAAUUUGGAUCCUUAUGGAUGCGAAACAACGAUCGGUGUAAACGUUUAUCUGCAUACCGUUUAUAUUGGUCUCGCCUGCAUACCCGGUUCCAUCAUAUUACCGAUUUUUGUACAUAAACUAGGAGCGAAAUUUUUUCUAAUCUUAUCGCUGCUAGUCUCCGGUGCAGUAACCGUAGGUUUUUAUUUCGUCAUAAACUCCACUCAGAACCUAAUACUAUCAUGCAUCUUUGAAGCUUUAACGUCGCUCGGCAUCUCUUUAGUUUAUUGCAUAAUCGUCGACAUGUUUCCGACGAAUCUCAGGGUAAUGGCAGCAGCCUUAUCUCUAACGAUGGGUCGAUUAGGCGCUUUGGUUGGAAAUUUAAUAUUCGGUUAUUUAAUUGAUUUAGCUUGCAUCGUUCCUAUAGUGAUAUUCGCCGCAUUUUUGUUUCUAUGCGGCUUUUUGUCAUUUAUACUUCCACGAACGGGAAAAGAAACUCUCGAUUAAACAAUGGGAGAACUUAAUUGCACGACGAAACGUGACUUCGUGUCUCUUUAAGGAAGUAAACAUACAUACAGAUGCAACGAAUUGGAUUGGCCAAAAUGAAAGAAGAAAAAAUAUUUAUAUCCGCAUUAUUACAUGAUUAUUGUAACGACUGUAUAUAUUCGCAAAGCACUUCGAAUUAUACACGGAACUUAUAUAAGCGUGUAUAUAUGAUAUGCGUAUAAUGUACACACACACACACACACACACACACACACACACACAGCGAUGAGAAAUGUCCAUUGACAAUUGUAAUUCCAUUCGUACGUUUCGUAUUACAAUGAGUCACGUAUUCGUUUCAUCUCGCACGAUUCCUCCUAAUGUAUCUUAAAAAGACGAUAUCAAUUGAGAGAACAAUGAUAUUCAGAUAUAAGACGUUGAUUGAUUCGUGUCCUAUGCUAAAAAAAAAAUGAAAGCACUUUUAUCAUCGAUCAUGACGUACAUAUAUAUUUAUUCAUAAUUUCAUCUAAAAGUAAGUCAUUUUCAUCCGGUUCUAUUAAUUACUUUCAUUCUAAUUAUAAUAACGCAUAAAUACACACACACACACACACAGACAUAUACACAUAUAGAUAUACACAUAUACUAUGCGUAUUUAUUAUACCAUUAUUAAUAUUAUAAUCGUAAGGAUUAACGAGUAGGAAUAGUACUACCUGUACAGACAUAUUCAUCGUACGAAAUUCAACAAAGAUUCUAUGUUUCGUCUAAUUAAUACUUCCCUGUGUGUGUGUUUUUUUUUUUUUCUUUCAUAUCUCUUUCACAUCUUCGAUCUUCUCUUUCGAAAAUAAUCCUAAAUGAUUCGUUUACGCUGAUGAUAAUCGUUCUAUUUAUUGAUUCUUUCUCUCUCGUUUACGUUUGAAAUCACAGCUUUCAUUAUUAUAAAAAUAAUAUAAAAAUUUCCCGAUAUUUUGAAGAGUAUGUACACAUGCUCGAUAGACUAAACUCGAUUAAACUCGUAAGGUAUAAUCGAAUUAGAUAUUAAACUGCAGCUGGAUAUAUUUGAGGAAAUAAAAGUGGCGAAUAAUAAUGAUUUCUCUUGAUAUUUUUCGAAACGUUGUGAUAAAAAAAAACGUGUGGAUAAAUAUGGGAACAGGAAAGAUGAAUGAAAACGUACGCGUUCGCCAAAGUAGAAAUAAUGUAAUAUCAGGAAAAAAUAAAAUACACGAGACGCUUUUGCAAAACGUUCUUACAUAACUCGGCCUCACGAGUGAUCUUCGAUUAGUGUUAACGAUUACUAUUCGAUUAAAAUACGAGGAAAUUCAA